CGAUAAAACAAAUUUGUCGACUUUCGCUCGACAAACGCAAUCCAUCACUUAUACCUAAUUAAAUAAGGGGUCUAUCAAUCGAGACAAUAUCGGAAUUAUCAACUAGAACAAGUCACUUCAUCUAUAUUAAGUAGCGAUCUCAAGAUGUCGCUAACACGUGUAGCCGACCAUCUUGGGGACGCUUCGGAUGGGUCAAAUACUUGGCUAGAAGAAACGGGGUCAUAUUUCCAAUACGCCCCUUUGGAAGACCAUGAGAUAAGGCUUCUAGAACUUGAGCCGGGCCUUCCAGAAGACCCAAUAAGAUGUCGCCUCAUCCAUAAAGAACGCUGCGAGAGCUAUCAAUAUGAAGUUCUGUCUUUCGACUGGCGCAGGUCGACGAGAACUCGAGUGCCAAUAUCCUUGAACGGACAGACCUUCGAUACCCCGCAUGAGAUUUGGACGACGUUGCAUGGAAUCAGACUCGAAACCCGAUCGAGAUUUCUCUGGACGGAUUCUAUCUGCAUCAACCAGAGAUUCGACAGUAAAACCCAACAUGCUUGUAGCAGGGAGAGGAAUGGCCAACUGUCCUAUUUACCUACUAUCUACCGGAAAGCUAGUCGCCUUCUUAUCUGGCUUGGGCGCGCCGACGACAAUUCGCAUCUCGUGUUUGAGCAUCUUGAUAAAUGCCGCGCACGUUCUUACCUCAAUUGGCUUCAUUAUGCUGGCGAGACGAAAGACGCAUUUCACAAGCUUUUGAGGAGACCUUGGUUCCAUAGGGCGCUGUCUGCUCAAGAAGUUUCAUUGUGCUCUAAGGCUACUAUCGUCUGCGGUCGCCAUCAAUGUGACUUGUCGGAGUUAAUGAAAUGUUCUAGCUUCCCCUCGACUGAUGAUUACUACCAUCCGAUAGAAGGGCCAAGUAGCGUAACUCACUUACGUCACCUUGUCCAAAUCUAUCUGGCUACCUGUAUACGAGUAAGGGAUUUAUUCUGCUGGUAUAGGCAUUGCCGGUCUGAGGAUCCUAGGGACAAGAUAUUUGGAGCCUUGAUGAUGAAUACUGAAAUUCCUUUUGGUAUUCCAAUUGAUUACACCCAAGAUGUUCCUCGGCUUUUUCAGAUGUUCACUCAAAGAUAUAUCGAGUCAAUGCAAGACCUCGAGGUCCUUCAUUGGUUAGGAACGAGUAAACGUAUUGAUGGGCUUCCAUCUUGGGUUCCGGACUACAGCAUCAUCAACCCAGCAGGAACUCUUCCUAGAGCAAUCGGAAUGUCAGCGAUAUACUCAAUCCAUUACCCGCUCCGACUCCUUCCCGGGUUUGGAUUUCGAUCUGGAAAUAUAUUAGCACUUCGUGGAUGGCAUGUCGAGAAAGUUAUGCAAACCGCUGAAAGGUUGGAGGCACGGGAUACAGCUCUUCUAGGGAGCGAAAAGUUCACUUCUAUCAUCAGCGGGUGGGAAAAACUUGCUUCAAGUCUAACCAAGAAGAGAUUCCCAGAAUCGAUUAUCGCCGCUUUCUCUAGCACGCUUAUUGGGGAUGAUGAUGCCGAUUUGCUGGUUGAGCAUGAUACUCCCCCGCUUGUUAGGGUAAAAAGAGCACCGUCCUCUUACAACGCAACUGAGUUCAGCAAAUGGUAUGAAUGCAUAAAAGAAUGCCAAAUUAGUAAAACGGGUGCCAAGCGCAGCAAAUUGUGGGAUGACGCCUCGAAACGCUAUUCUCGCGCCAUGGAACAAACCUGUUACGGUCGGAAGUUUUUUAUCACUGAUAAAGGGUCGAUGGGUUUAGCACCACCGCUCACGAGAGAGGGCGACGAUAUUGUAUUUUUCCCUGGCGGAAAAUAUCCCUUUAUUUUGAGGGCAAGGGAUAACGGAACCUACGAACUCGUUGGAGACUGCUUUCUUUACGAUCUAGACGUGUUUCCAUUGCUCGAAGACCGGACAAUCAGCACAGAGUUUCUCUUAUCUUGAUAUUUACUGCGAUUAUCUAAAUGUCAUUCCGCGAGGUCGAAUUGCAAGCAUUAUGUCUAGGUUACUGA